AUGUUGCGCCGGUCUCGUAUCCGCCUUGUGAGUGCAAAGGAAUUCUUUGGCACUGAGGGGCAGCCGCUCGAGCCGUACACGCUAAAGUCGCUCUUCCUGUUCAGCUUCAUCGCGUCCAUCGCGUUCCUAUCGGUGUUCUCGGUGAAGGAGACAAAGAAGGCCGGCCCGCUUGAGCUGCCGGACGAGCUCGAGGCUGAGAAGCGGCGCAAGAACGAUCCACGUCGCCCACCGUGGCCUCUGCUGCACCAGCGCAGCGUACUGCUGCGUGAGGGACGGGCGCCGCACGACGACCUGCCGCUGCUGUGGGAGCAGACGCGCCACUACUACCCCGCCGACUGGCUCGUGCCGCUGGAGAUAACGCAGAUACUCAAGUAUACAAGUGGGGCGUACCUGCAGAACUAUGUCGCCGAACCCGACCAGCUGCGCAAGGAGGUGCUGAUGCAGCUGCUGAACGUCAAGUACGGUCGCGUGCGGGACCCAAACGGCGGGCGCAUCAACCGCGACGUGGAGGAGAUCAUCUCCAUCGCCAUUGAGGACCUGGAAAACAUGAACCUCAAUCCCUCCGCCGACGUGACGCUGGUGCCGACGCACACAUAA